AUGCUGCAACGAGAAGACAAAACAGUUUGUAAGAGGCCAGAAGAGGAACUAAAGGAAACCAACACGCCCCUCCUACUGCCGAGAUGUAAGUUGAGUGCCAGUCGGCAUCAGCAGUAUGCUGCUGAGGGUGCUAUGCCUGUGUUACCUGCCCUGGAGUCUGGCACAGCUGACCUGGGAGAAGCUCACUGGAGAGAGGUGAUGGGCCAGACAAAUCCAUCAGGGAGGUACAGCUUUGUCAGCGGUGUUUCAGAAGGGAAGUUCUAUGUUGCAACGGGCCAGGGCAGGGACAAGAUUUUCUACAAUGACAUUUGGGUGUUUAAAUUCAGGACAGAACGCUGGGAGAAGUUACCAGGCCAACCUCAGCCCUCAUUUUUAAGCGCCAGUGAAUGGAAUGGUGUUUCUCAGUUUGCAUACAGCCCUCAGGCACGAUAUGGGGCUGCGGGUGGGAUCUUCCCUGGUUCCCCACACCUGUACGUGUCCAUGGGCUUCUCCAAGCAGAGGUACUAUGACACAGUCGUCUACGAUGUACAUCAGAGAUCUUGGCACUCAGAAUUCCCUUGUUAUCAAUGUCACCCGUACAGCGUGACGUACCCUCAUGCACGAUGUCUUCACAGCGGGGUCAUGGUGAACUCUGAGGAGCUGGUCAUCUUUGGGGGAUGCUUAACAGGUGGUGGUGUGGCUGGCCCCUGCCCGUCUGGGGACUCAUGGCUAUUUGAUGGUAGGUCAAAACUCUGGACAAAGUUACAGGAUUGUGUUAUGCCGAGUAUGUAUGCUGCCAUGGCUAUGCUACCAAUCAGCACAGGAGAGAGGAGAGUGGUCCUGUAUGGAGGAAUAAACAAAACGCCACAGGUCCUAGAGACUGUGCCUACUAAAGAAAACGAAAUUGGAUUGUUAAAUCCUGGCUCAGGACUGUGGACACGGAGGAAAACGUUAAGUUCUCAGGACACCUACCCCAGUAAGAGAGCAUCCGUUGCCAUGGCCACGGGAGAAGAGGGUGUCUAUAUGUUUGGAGGAUUUGAGACUGAAGGGUGUGUCAUUAUAUAG